AUGGCAUCAUUUGAUAAACAAAAUCAUUGGUCUGAAAAAGACAUUCAGAAGUUACUGGAAUGUAUGAAAAAUAAUAUACCCUCAGAGGACUCCCGAUCAUUCAACAAAACCCUGGAAGAUCUAGACUGGGACAAAGUAGCUUUUGAACAUUUUUCCGGAGAAGUGUGCAAACAGAAGUGGAUGCAGAUUUCUCAUAAUUUGAGGAAGUCCCGCACACUCUCAGAAUUAGUGCUGGAAGCCUCUGAACUUACUAAAGAACCUCAGAAAACUAAGACAGUAAAGAAAUAUCCUGACUUCCCAAAAAGACCCCUGACUGCCUAUCUGCGCUUUUACAAGGAGCAGCGGGCCAAGUACAGUGAGAUGUAUCCUAAGUACAGCAACAGUCAGCUGACCAAAAUCCUGGCUGAGAAAUACAAGCAGCUGCCUGAAGAGAUCAAGGAGAAAUAUAUUAAGGACUUCCAGAAGGAGAACCAAGAUUUUCAGGAAAAACUGACUAAAUUCAGGGAAAACCAAUCCAGUGUAGACGUAGAACAUUCUGAGAAAUCUGUGGUGCCCAGGAACCACCAAACCAAAGUCCCUAGGAAAUCUCAAGGAGAUAUGAAACACGUAAAGUCCCCUCUAAAAACAGAAAUUCCAAAAACACUUCCCCCAGUGAUGAAAUUUCGGGGAGAACCCAAGAAACCCCCUAUGAACGGAUAUCACAAAUUUCACCAAGAAUCAUGGUCAAGUCAGGAGCUGCAGCAUCUAACCCUUCGGCAACGCCGGGUUGAGAUUAGCAGACGAUGGCAGCGAAUCUCACAGCACAUGAGAGAGCAGUAUAACAUUCAGGCUGAAGCGCUACAGAAACAAUACUGGGUGGAGAUGGACCUCUGGCUCAAGGGAUUGUCACCAGAGGAAUACGGUGCAUACAAAGAGACACGAGCCAACUAUGGUAAGAGAAAGAACUUUGCCAUGUCUGGAGGCAUGAACCCCAAGUGUCAACCAAAACAUCUGCAGUCGACCUCAGCAAAGGAGCUGCAAGUCGGGUCUGAAGAAAUGCAAGGGCUACUGGCUCCUAGAGGAGAUUCCCGAAAGACUAUUCAGGGCCAAGAUGGUGACUCCCAGGAAAUCAGGAAGAAUGUGAUGGAAGACUCCAGCAGCUCCUCAGACUCUAGCAGCUCCUCAGACUCUAGCAGUUCCUCAGACUCCAGCAGUACAGAUGAAGGUGAAGAUAAUGGACAUCUUCCUUAG